AUGUUGCGCCCAAGGUUAAGAAUACCACGGCCGCCGCGGCUCGCGGUACCCAUCCAGUCCAGCCUACUACCACUGGCACAUCAAACAAGAGCACAGCAUACACUCCGUCCGCUCGAUUAUUCCAUAGACCAAGGCAUUCCCGGGUUCCUGUCGGCCGCAUCAUGCAAUAUCUCAUGGACCCAGUACCAGACGCACCUGCUAGAGAAGCUGAAUGCGCUGAUUGCGGGAACCGACAAUGAAGUCAAAGACGUCAAGGACAUUGCGCUCAUGACCGCCCGCGACCCCGACGUGGCCCCGAUCUUCAACUACGCCAGCAUGGCGCACAACAACCAAUUCUUCUUCCAGCACCUGAGCCACAAACCCGUCGAGAUCCCCGCCCUGCUGCGCGGCCACCUCGAGAAGUCGUUCGGCUCCAUCGAGACGCUGCGCCGCGAAAUGGUCUACACGGCCGCCGCCAUGUUCGGCCCGGGCUUCGUGUGGCUCGUCAAGGUGUCGACCCCCUCCAUGCCCGUCAGCUUCAAGGUGCUCACCACCUACCUGGCCGGCUCGCCCUACCCGGCCGCCCACUGGCGCCGCCAGGACGUCGACAUGAACACGCAGUCCGGCUCGUUCAACGAGAGCGCCGUUGAGACGGGGAAACGGUACCUCGAAAACACGGCCUUUGGCGCCGGCAAGCGGUCGCCCGCCACGGUCAAGCGCCUUUCGUUUGCGCCGGGAGGCACGGAUUUGGUUCCCGUGCUGUGUCUCAACACGUGGGAGCAUGUUUGGCUGUGGGAUUACGGCUUCGGCGUUGGGCAGGCCGGCGGCGGCAAGCUGGCGUAUGCCGAGGCGUGGUGGAACAGGAUCAAUUGGGACAAGGUGUCCAAGGAGGCCAAUAUUACGCGGCAGGAGAUGUCGAGCAAUACGCAGUAG